AGGAUUAGAGUUUUGUAGGUGCCUAAAAGUAGGGUUCUUAUUAUUGUCUUGUCGUAACGUUCUCGCUUCCUGCUCUUCUUCGCGUCUGGCUCUCUCCCACUCCUACUCCCACUCCCUCGGACGAUGCUCGGAGCUCGGCUCUGCGCCCGAACGUUCUCCGGCUUCGCCCCCCUCGCCGAUUAUGCUGAUGCCGCUCGUUCGAUCUCCAAUUCGCGCAAUUGCUCUACGUCUCACUUCUCAAUUCAAUUAGUUUUUAGGUCUCGCGGAUACAAAUCGACUCUAGUUUCUUGCAAAUCCUACCGCGGAAGAUUCGGUGACAGAUCGACCAAUGCCGAUGAUCGUGAUCACGAUCACAAUUAUCUCCUUGCCUUUGUCCUCGUUUCAGAAACUAUGAGGCAUUACCGAAUGCGUAGGCAGGGGUUUGAAGAAGAGAUGAAAUGGCAGUCGUCAAGUGAGUUGCUUCCUUUUUCUGUGCGAGCAAAGGAAUCAAGAGUGGACGUCAAUUCAUUAGGACUAGGGUUUCUUCGUCGCUUUCAGAGUCCUACAAUUUUUCUAAAGAUUUCUUGUGACGGGGACUUCUUGCUUCCGAUUAUUGUCGGCGAGUUGGCUGUUGAGAAACUUAUAGAUACAUUGGGAGAGGAUGAAUACGGAAAUUGGGAUUGCCCAAAUCAGUUCCAGCUUGUGAGAGAUCUCGUGGGAAAACUUGGCUAUGAAGUAAGAAUGGUAAAGAUUACAGAAAGAGUGGCUAAUACUUACUUUUCUAGGAUAUAUUUUAGCAAGCCAGGGGAAAAAGAUAUUCUUAGUUUGGAUGCUCGCCCCUCGGAUGCCAUAAAUGUGGCAACCAGAUGCAAGGCUCCGAUAUAUGUAAAUAAGCAAAUUGUCUCAACAGAUGCUAUUAGAAUUGUUUAUGGGUUGGGCAGUGCACAUGGUAGAAAGGCUAUUUAUGAUGUAUCCUUAGACAGUGCCACAGAUGAUCCAGAUUUACUUGCUGAAGAACUUGAUCUGGUGAGGAACAUGAAUUUGUCUGUUGAAGAGGAAAGGUACCACGAUGCAGCCAUGUGGAGAGAGAGACUCAAUAAGCUUCGAAAAUCAAGAGACGAACAGUAGAGUAAAUUAUUAGAGAAAGCCUUUGAAUCGAGUUUUUAAUGAAUGGUAGGCCUGGAAUCUUCUGUCUGAAAUGCUGCCAUCUAAAUAUACAUGUACAGCUUUAAGUCGCCAUACAAAGUUGUCCCUAAACGUAAAUUGAUGAAUGUUCUGAACCAUCUGGAUGCUCAAUUUCUUUUGCAUGGAGGAGAUGUAGUUUCCCAGCAUUGCAUAAGUUGGUUCUAUGUAUAAAAGUUGAAAAAUAUAAAUAGCUUAAAUUGUUUUGUCUGUACAUUUUA